GUUAUCCAAGGUAUAUACUCUUCGUGAAAAAGGCGUGUGAGAAAGAAGGUGAAAUUAUGUUAGAACAAGUUCUAAAACAUGGGUAUAUAACAGCUUCUGAAAUAAUUAUCAGGACAUAUAAAAGAAUAGAACAAUCACCUUCUGACAUGCAACCAUCAGUAUCUGAUUUAAAAGAUACAUUUGAAUUGUUAGUCAAAAACCAAUUUUUGAUGCGUAGCUUGUAUACAGAAUCAGCAGAGAGAAGAUCAGCUGAGAAACCUGAUUUCACAGUACCAGACUUAAACUUAACUGCCAUUACUAAAAGACUGGAAGGAGUGGAUAGUGAUGCUGGAGACAGUAAAAUAUAUUGGACAGUAAACUUUGAUCGAAUUAAUCAAGAUCUUAGGGAUGAAAUUAUUGUAUCAGCUAUGCGUAAAAGACUUGACGAAAAUGCAGCAGAAUUGAUGAGGCAGUUACUAUUUCUUAUGUACUUGCGGACAGCAUCAUGGGCACAUACAUCGAAUCCGAUACCGUUUACAGAAAUAAGAGACGCAAUUAAAAAAGUGAAUUAUCCUCUACUUGCGCAACAUCUUGAUCAAUAUUUACGUCUUAUUGAAGAGGAUACUAGUCAGUUUUUGAAACGAGUAGGAGACUCUGGAGGUGGUCAGUAUAGCGUUAACAUGAAGGAAGCUUUUACUCAGUUAGCAUGGACGACAUUAGACAAUAUUGUAAUGGAGCGAUUUGGUUCAAAGGCAGCUAGAAUCUUCAGAUUAGUACGUGACAGGAAGUAUAUUGAGCAGGAACAAAUCCAGCAAUUAGCUAUGAUUCCUGCAAAAGAGGCUAAACAUCUCACGUACACUUUAUUACAAGAGAAUUAUCUGCAAAUGCAGGAAAUAAAGAAAGCUGGUGUGUCAGCAGCGCCGAUAAAGACAUUCUUUCUAUUUCAUAUCGAUUUGAAUUUGGUCAUUCGUAUGGAAGUGGAACAUUGUUAUCAUGCAUUGUACAAUACUAUGCAAAGGCGGGAGUAUGAAAUAAGUAGUAAUAAACGCAUGAUCGAUAAACAAUUGCGAAUGCAAACUCUUACGAGUAACCUGAAAGAACACGGUGCUACUGAGGAGCAAUUAGCUGAGAUCGCAGAUAUGAUGACACCAUCUGAAAAGCAACAAUUGGAAAAAGUUCAAAAUACGAUUAAGAAACUGGGGAUGACUGAAUUGCAGAUAGACGAUACUUUAUUCCUUUUGAUGAUGUAUUUACGUUAUCAUUGAAUAAAGAUAUUUCUUUGUAGAUGUAUCAUGGUACUAUUUCUGAAUAAUGGUGCAUACUUCUGUGCUGCACGAUGUCCCGAAAAAAGUACAUGAAGUUUCGUUCAUUUAUAUAGUUAUUUAUUUAUGUAUAAUAAUGGUUACGCUUGUAAAAUACAAACAACAAAGAAUACCUAACUUUCAAAUUAUUAUAAUAAAUAUAAUCAUAUACCUA